AAACAACCGCUGUAAUUCCAUUACAUAAACUUGUCAAAAAAAUUCAAUCGAAAAAGAUUCCUACACGAUUUGCUUUGCCUUUUUGUUAAAUAUAUUUAAUGGCAUCAUUGCUAAGGAAUCUAGGAUAUAAAUUGGCUACUAAUCUGGUAGCCAAAAAUGGAUCAUCACCCGCUAGUCGUGUAGCUCUUGUCAGAUUUGCAAGCGAUGCCACAGGAAAACCCGAUCUACGACCUACUGUUCGUAAACCAGAUGAAACUGCACGUUCUCAUUUGACCGACUUCGGCAGGUACGUAGCCGAAUGUCUACCAAAGUACGUGCAAAAAGUUCAACUAACCGCUGGCGAUGAACUUGAGGUCCUCAUCUGCCCCGAAGGUGUUGUUCCCGUUUUGCAAUUCUUGAAAGACCACCAUCAGGCUCAGUUUGCCAAUUUAGUCGACAUUGGUGGCAUGGACGUGCCCAGCCGGAAAUAUCGCUUCGAAGUGAUUUACAAUAUUUUGUCGCUUCGUUAUAAUUCUAGAAUUCGUGUCAAGACCUACACUGACGAAUUGACGCCUUUGGACUCGGCCUGUGAUGUCUUCAAAGCAGCCAAUUGGUAUGAACGUGAGAUCUGGGAUAUGUAUGGAGUAUUCUUUGCCAAUCAUCCCGAUUUGCGUAGAAUUUUGACUGAUUAUGGCUUCGAAGGUCAUCCACAACGUCGCGACUUUCCUCUAUCGGGUUAUGUUGAAUUAAGGUAUGAUGACGAGAAAAAACGUGUCGUUUGUGAACCAUUGGAAUUAGCCCAAGAAUUCCGUAAAUUUGAUUUGUCUGCUCCAUGGGAGCAGUUCCCGAAUUUCAGAAACGCCAAUCCUGCAGCUGUGACUGUUGAAACAAAGGAUCAAAAGAAGUAGAAA